AUGCAAAGUUAUGUAAAUGCUGGUGACUUCAAAACCUCCGGCAAAUUACGAGCCGCACUGUUUAAUAAUGCUAUAUACUACGGUCUAUAUAUGAUUGUCUUCAUACUACUUCUAAUCUAUGCCAUCAUAAAAGGUGUUAGAGCACUUGAAAGUUAUUCUUGUUUCCGCUUCGAACACAUGAUCUGCCCCUUCGAACACCAUGGGCGGGGUCUGUUUUGCUUGCGCUUGUUCCGUCCUGACAUGGGUUCGUUGAGCUUCCGCGAAGCCUAUGGCACAUGGGCAGCAGAGAACGAACACGGAGCAAGAGAAAAGGCGCAAAUAAUUGUGUCGAAGUUUCCAGAAGAGGUGAUUAGUGAACUGUUUCCUGCUCGCAAUGCUAUGGAGUUUAGUAGCCUCAAUGCAGCUGAUCUCAACUCUGUAAAAAACGACAAAUACCUGAUUCGACUACACAAAAAAGUGAUUUCUUCUAUUCAGUAUCAUCAUCGAACUUUAGCGCAGUGGAGAUCCCUCAUAAAACAAGCCUUAUUUCUUGAAGAUGUAGCCCAAGCAGAGAUUACUGGGCGACUUGAAUCGGACUCGUCCUCUUUCCUGCCCGAAAAACUGCAAUACUUUUGGUUGGUCAAUGCCCAGCGUCCGUUGUGUAAGCUCGUUGCAAUGUGUAUUAUUUGUUACUUGUGCUCUUGUGCAUACUUCACAGUCUUCCGUCUAAAAAUUUACCAGUAUUAUCACUUGGAUCCGAAUCGUCAUACUGAUGGGAAUAGUUUGUUGUUCAGUGCAAUCCUACUUUGUCGUUUAACUCCACCAAUAUGCUUGAAUUUUCUUGGAAUGAUUCAUUUGGAUUCUCAUAUAACAAUGGCAAAGGACUUCGGAGUUGAGACUCAGUUUACCAAGGUAGCUUACUUGUAA